AUGAAGUUCCUCAAGAUGUUCCAAUUGAAAUACGUAUUAAAGAACUUGAAAAAUUCUUAAAGCAAUUUAUAUGUGAGGUUGAUUAUAUGGAAGAUGUUAAAGUAGAUGAAAGUGGUGAAAGUGGUGAUGGUGAUGAAAAGGGUGGGACUGAGUAUAAUGAAAAAGAGAUUGAUGGUGAAGCUGAGAAUAAUGAGAAUGAAGAAAAUAUGUAG